AUGGAUUUUGAGGCUUCUGAUAAGCUAAAAUUUUUAUGUGAGAAAAGUAAACCGGAUAAUGUUCCUUUUACACCAAGCCUUUCCCGGAUUUCGAGUUUUGCAACAUGUAAUUGUAAACAUGAUGCGCCUGUUAAGUUGCGGGAUACUACUAUAAUGCCGGUUAAGAGGGUAUUUGAUAACAACAAUUCCUUGGAUAUUUCUGUUAAGAAAUCAAAGGUGGCACUGGCACCGGAUGAUGAUAUUUCUUUAAGCCCGGGUGAAUUGGCAAAAUCAUAUAAGAAAUGCGAAAGGAAGAGACGAUUUGAAGAGAAGAGGUUGAAGUCUAUAAAUAGAGAAAUUGAGGAGUGCCUCAAAGAACUUGCAAAUAAAAAGACACAAAUUAGUUGUGUUAGAAGAAUUCGCGAAAUUGCUGAAAGGAAGGAAGAGGAACUGAAGGCUCUUUCCCAAAAAAUUGCUGAAUGUACUAUGGAACUUGAGACGACAAAGAAAGAGCUUCAGUCCGAAAGGAAAAAGUUACUACAGGUAAUAUCAACAAGGCAGAAGCGUAAUGAUUGUGCUCAAAUGAAGAACUUUGAGUCAAUGGAGAAGAAAUUUGAAGGUCAGGUUAAGGAACUUGAGUCAAAACUGAAGCAAUGUGAAGGACAGGUGGAGGAACUUGAGCAAAAUGAGAAGCACUUUAAAGAAUGGGUAAAGGCGUUAGAAUCAAGAGAUAAGCAGCUUGAAGGACGUAUGAUGGAGUUUGAAUUGAUGGAGGAGAAACUUGAAAGUCGUAAGAAGGAGCUUGAAUCAAAAGAGAAGCUCGUUGAAGGACGUAUGGUGGAGUUUAAAUUGAUGGAGGAGGAACUUGAAAGCCGUAAGAAGAAGCUUGAAUCAAAAGAGAAGCUAGUUGAAAGAAGGGAAGUGAAGCUAAAGUCAAAAGAGAAUCAACUUGAAAGCCGGGAGGAAAAGAUUGAAACAAAAGAGAAGAGAAUUGAAGACCAAGAGAAGGAGCUGGAAUUUAAAAAGCAGGACUUUGAAAGGCAAUCGGAGGAGUUACAGUCGAAAGAGAACCAAUUUAUAGGACGAGUGAAGGAGUUUGAAUCCAAAAAGGAUAAAUUUAAAGUCAAUCUGGGUGCGUUGUGGGCGGAACUGGUGUUUAAACAGAAGCAAAUCUAUAGAAGAACGAGUGUGAUUGAGUCAAAAGAGAAGCAACUUGAAGGCCGAGUCAAGGAGUAUCAAUCAAAAGAGAGCGAAUUUGAAGACCAGAAGAAGGAGUUGGAAUUUAAAAAUAAGAAUCUUGAAAGACACAUCAAAGAACUUGAGUCAAAGCUGAGUAAAUUUGAUGGCCAGCUGAAGGAGCCUGAAUCGAGAGGGAAACAAUAUGAAGCAUUAACGAAGCAUAUUGAUGAGGAAAAAGAAUCGGGUGCUACAUUGAGAUUGAUUGUAACUGAAGUUGGAUCCAGCAUGGAUGAUCAAUUAAGUCCUAGCAUUGGUGGAGUUGAGUCACUUUUCAAUGACAUUUUCUUUUGUCUGCAAAUAUCAUCAGAUCCAUCAGAACUUGUUUUGGAUAUACUACAGAACCCCAAUACUCCACUCUAUAAGAACGGAGACAAGGCGCUGAUUAUUAAUGAUAGUCACAUCUCUCUGCUAGAACUAUUGAUGUUAAUCUCACCAACUAUUAAACCUUGUGUAAGACAAGAAGCAUUGAAGCUAGCACUUGAUUUGAAAGCUAACAUGAAAGAAAAUACUGAAAAUUCUUUGGCGGUUGUUAGUUUUCUACUUCUUUUGUCAGUUUAUGGUUUGCUUAGUUAUUUCAACGACGAUGAAGUUUUGGAGCUUUUUACAUUUGUUGCUCAGCACAAGGUAGCUUUGAAGAUGUUUCGGACCCUUGGUUUUGAAAAUAAAGUUUAUGAUUUUGUUGAAACUCUUAUCAGGAGGAAGCAAUUUGUUGGAGCUGUUAGAUUCAGCUGUGCAUAUAACUUGGCUGGCAAGAAUCAAUUAGUUGAUAUGUUGCGAGAACACAUCCAGAAUGCCAAACUGAUUUGUGAGAGCAGCUGUGAGAAAACAAAUUCCAUUGAAAUCAAGGAUAAGGCCAGAGAUGAAGAAAUUGCUGGUCUGAGAACUGUUUUACAAUGCAUUUCAGAUAACAACAUUGUAGAAUCUGAGGAUCUGCUUAAAAAGGAGAUUCGACAUCGUAUUCUUGAGCUAAAAGCACAGAAAGGCAAUUAG